AAGACUGCCGUCGCGAAAUCCCUGAUCAAGAACAUGAAGCUCCUUCCCCUCUUCACGGCUGCGUCCUGCUUCACGCCCCCAGGUCCCUCUUUCUUUGUACUACAAGUGAUGAAGUUUUUUUUCCAGAUCACAUGAGCCAGGAUGAAGGGGGAAAAUCCUGCCAGGAACAGAGAUGGGCUGCAACUUGAACCUGAUCAAGGGGAGAUACAGAGCAUACCCUGAGAGCUAUAUAAGAAUGUGCUCGGCACAAGAGCAAACACUUUUUCAGGAGAAGCACUCUCAUGAAUCAGCCAUGCAUGUGAAUGAAGACACCGUUUCAAGGAGGCUUGGAGCCACUAACAAAAAAUGUUUGUAUUCCAUCAUUGCUACCCUUUUUGCGUUACUCGUCUUUGCAAUAGCCACCAUCAUGGUCUUAGUCGUUCAGAGGACGGCAGCUGGUCCCGCCACGGAGAGCAUGGCAAAACCUAUCAGGACAGGGAACACCUCCGAAGAGCAUUUAAGAAUCCUACAGAAUGUCCCGAUCAAGAGAGCCGCUGCGUACAUGAGAGUGUCCAGUCCAGUAAACAGUUCAAAACUGAGCUUGGUCGAGAAGGGUAUUUGUGAAGACAUCCAGUGCAAGAGUGACGAGGUGGUGAUAAGGACACAAGGCCUCUACUUGAUCUAUUGCCACUUGAACUUGCAUUUUCCCAACUGUUCCAACAGCCCCACCGACCUCAAGAUCGAGCUCCUUGUGAAUGACAAAGUCAACAGGCAAACAUUAUCCACGUGGUGCGUGUCAGAAACGUGCCAAGAAAAGAUUUUUAAGACCUUGUUCCAGCUCCAUUUGACAUACCUGAAUGUGGAGGACCGAGUAUCAGUAACACUUAAUCAUCCUAAAUUCUUGAAUGAAGUUUCUCUUCCCAAUGAAAAUGUUCUUGGGGUUUUGAGGUAUAGCGAUGAAAUGUGAGCAGCUCUCUGACUUCCCACUGCUGCCCAGAUUUAUCUUUCUCUGAACAACAGUAGCCUGCUUUUACUAGGCAACACCUUGUUUUAAAUUUCCUAUCUUACCUCAUCGCUAGGGUAAACAAGGAAAUUAGUGAGUGUCCCAGAACGAAACCUAAAACACUGCAAGACCCACACGUGACAGAUUCCUCUGGUUUGGCUCAGGGUAGGAUUGUUGUUGGACUAUCCAGCUUAGAACCCACAGAUCUGCCAAUGGUUCCUCAAAACAAUACAGCUUAAAAAGUAACCAGAUUAUGGGAAGAAUACACAAUAUCGAGAGUUUUUGGCUAAUGGACCGCUAGCAAGGUGCCUGCGCUCAGGGGAUGGGGAAGUCUUUUCAACUGAAUUUUAUGGAGUGGUAUUUUGACGUGUUCUUUCCAAAAAACCAAGAGUCAAAGAUUGUAAUCGAGGCUUUCUUUACAACUGUAGCAUGCAACCACAACGCUAGGAUAGUUUUAUGGGUAGAUCACACAAAAGCAAAGAUGAUGAAAUUAUUGACUUUCAGGCUGGUAGCUAGAACUCUGGGACAGGACAGAGGAGAUACGGGACUUACGGAGUAUUUCUGUGCUGCAUUCUGCUAUGGACUUUAUGCAAUUUACUUCCAAGUGUCUUCCUUUUCACUACUUAUCCAUCUUUUCUAUUUAAAUAUUAAGCUCUCUGGGGCAGAGACUUUCUAUAUGCACCACGCUCGGCCUCUGUUCUCACUUGGGGUUUCUAGACCUUGUCAUAACAAAAAUUAAAUAGUAGUCUGGUUGUGCCACAUGACAAAGUUCAUUGCGAUACAUUUUCCUCGAACCCGGUACUGCCUGCCAGCACCCUGAGUGACACCCGACCGCACCGGUGUGUAAAUACACCUCUAGCGCCCGCACUUUCUGAAAAUCCAAGAUUCAGAUCUGAGGCCCAGACUUUCCCCAAGACAAUUUCAGACCUGGCCCUCAGCUGAGAGCUGUGGUGUUUGCACAGUCCAGAGGAUAGAUGUUAUCUGAGCUUCUUUGGCUGACUGGGAAGCUUAGAUAAUGAAGGAUGAAAGAGUAAUAAGUAACUUCUUAUAUUCUAUGAGUUGCAGUAACACAGGCAUUUACUUGAAAUGUAAUUCUUACAGUGUGGGGAGGGAAGGGACCAGAAAGUUAAAAAAGGCGGUACCAGUUCACUCUUUCCUCUUUUCCCUUCAUCUCUGAGAUCCUACUAAGGUCUAUUUUCAUUGCUAUGUGACACUUAUUCCCCUAGCAUACCUGUACUUUCUUUCCUUAACCUGACUAGAGCUUGGUGACGUGUUCACUUCAAAAGACUGAGUCAUAGAUUUAGUUUUUGGCUUCAGAAACUCAGCAAGUGUUUUAUUUUUCAAGCUCGGUUGCCAACUGAUGUAGCUUAGCUUGUGAGAGCACACUCAAAAUACUCCUGAUAGCAGUAAUUUGCUCCUUGUUAUGUCACCAGAACCUCAUGGUACGUGUUGGUGAGGUGACGAAACCUCACCUCGUGACCAGGUGACUGCAAAAUACACAAGAAACUUUCAAAGGGUCACGAGUAAUUGAUGUGAUUCGUUGCUAGAGGUGCCCAGGUUCUGCUUUGACAAACGUUGAUGAAAACAAAAAAAUCCUUUUGCUAUUAAUUGCUGGGGGGGGGGCGGGGGGGGCGGGGAAGGAAAGAAGAAAACUAAACCCAUGUUUUCUCUCUUUCUUUUCCCCUUAAAGAAAAGAAACUUAUUUUUAUAAGAGUUAGCUUACCUUGCCUAUGACAUUGCAACCUCUACUGGGAUCUCCUCACCCCUCCGGACACUCUAAAUCUCUCAUGUCUCUGAAUAGAGUUUCUAACCGUCAUCUGCCUCGAUACGCACCACUAAUGCUCAGAGACGUUUAAGCAAGGCUGGCAGUCAGGAAUCAUAGCUCCUGAAUAUAGAAAAGGCAGCUAAUGAAUGAAAAUACGCAUUCACUCAGACAUACCACCCCCGCCACCUUUUCCUGAAGGCUUUGAAUUGAAAGAGAAAGACCAUUCUUUUAAAAAAUAAAGCCGCUCUCUGCAUAGGAUGAUUUUAUUCUAUUAUUUUGCCAGAUGGAGAAAAUCCUGACAAAGCAGUGCUAAGCUUCUCAGCCCCAGGCUUUUUAAUACCACAGAAUAAAGCAAUCUGGCCUCUACUCCGUUGCCUCUGAGAAAUAAGAAUAAAUUAUAGCCAUAAAGAGAGCCCAUUAAUAGUGUGCAAUUUCGCCAUCAGUUAUAAAAAUGUUAAAUAGCUUUCACUGAAACAAGGCCCUGAGCCAAGCAGCAGCCUCCCCUCUUUCUGGCAGACUCCAAGUCA